AAGUUACUGAAAACAUAACCUAUAAAAUUCUGUCAAGAGGCUUUAAAGCGAAAAUACAUGAUUUCCUGCAAAAGUGUGAAUAAAUCAACAAUAUUGCACCAAAAUCUGAUAUCUAUAGUCUAUGUGGUUCAUUAGCGGYAACAUUUAUUGUCGAACAUAACCUCAUCAUGACCACAUUUUGUGUAACUACAGUAAUUAAGUACUUUUUAAGGCCAAACUCGAAGUUACUGAGUUCCAAUACCAGUUUUGUUUUAUCCAAAAACUUGCAAUACAGGAGUUUGAGUAACAGUUCGCGCCCCAAACCUAAGCAAAAAGAAGCCGCCAAAGGCAUUGGCCCUAUUUCAUGGCGCAAUUUAGCAAUAACGAGUGUUCUAGGGGGCGGGUUACUUGCAUUUAUGUACUACAUAAAGAAAGAGAAAGAGGAUGCAUUGAUGAGGGAGAGAAAAAGAAUGCUAGGUAAAGCCAAAAUUGGGGGCUAUUUUGAAUUGGUGGAUUCUCAGGGCAAAAUGCGCAAAAGCGAGGAUUUUUUGGGACAGUGGAUGUUGAUCUACUUUGGGUUUACCCACUGUCCUGAUAUUUGUCCCGACGAAUUAGAAAAAAUGGCGGCAGUAAUUAACGAUUUAGAUUCUACAAAGGAUGUGCCGCGAGUCCAACCAAUCUUUAUUUCGGUUGAUCCCCAGAGAGACACUCCCGAUGUUGUGGGGAAAUACUGCGCAGAGUUCAGCCCCCGACUUUUGGGGCUCACUGGCACAGUAGAACAAGUGGCAAGGGCGUGCAAAGCCUACCGCGUUUACUUCAGUGCGGGCCCCAAAGAUAAAGAUAGUGACUAUAUUGUCGAUCAUACAAUUAUAAUGUAUUUGGUGGACCCCGACGGUCAGUUUGUGGACUACUACGGCCAAAAUAAAAGUGCAAUCGAAAUUGCAGCCUCCAUCAAAGUAAAUAUGUUAAAAUAUGCAAAAAUGAAUGUUAGAAGCUGGUUCUAAUGUUAACUUGUAGAGGAUUUCCUCUGAAAUUGUAUUACAAUUUUUAGCAAAAACAAAUUAUAGAUUUAGAACGAA